UAAGCAAUUUCCCGUCAUCUGCCAUAACCCACCCGAUUCAUUUGAGACUCUGCGUUUCCCUCCCGCUGUAUUUUUGGUACCAACAAUUAAGAAUUGUUUUCUCCUACUUGCUGCAUCAAAAACUAAAUCACAAGCUUCUGAUCCCCCCUCUCCAUAUCCGAAAACCCAAAAACUUGGCAGCAACCGCAAAAUUAAAGAAAGCAAAAAAAACCGAAUAUUUUUAAAUUCCAUUGUUUCAUUACUUCUCCUUCGCUUAGCUCAGACGUCACUUCUCUUCUCAAAUUAUCUCUCUCUGCAAAAAACCAGCAAAUGUGAGGGAUUACUGUUUCAAAGGGUUUCCCACUUUUCCUAUCCUUCACCCGCAAAAACAACUCAAAUUCCUUAUCUAUUCCAUUACACCUUUUGGCCUUUUUUUGGUUCCCAAGAAAAAAAGCGAAAGAUAAAGAAAAAAGAGAAUUCUUCAGAUUCACUUUUUCCAUAGAUUCCCUUUCUAUAAAUAAAACCCAGUCAAAAUCCGAUAAUCCCCACCUUUUUGAAAAAAAAUAAAUCCAAAUGCCCAAAAUCAUGAUUUGUUUUCCUAGACUCUUCCUUUUCUUUUCUUUGUUUUCGCUUGUUUUCUGUAAUGAACAAUUCAACUCUCACAUUUUACCCAGGCCUUUGAUUCUUGAAUACCCAGAUAACAUUAUUGAAACUGAAACAGCCACCCAGUUCAAGGAAUUUGACAAUGAGAUUCAAUUACAGUGUACUAGCUGGAGAUUUGCAGUGGAGGCUAAUAAUUUGAAUCCAUGGAAAACAAUUCCACAAGAAUGUGCAGGGUAUGUGAGAGAUUAUGUGAUGGGGAGGGGUUAUCAAGUUGACCUUGAACGGGUUUCUAAUGAGGCUGGAGUUUAUGCUAAGAGUGUUCAGUUGAGUGAGGAUGGAAAGGAUGCUUGGGUUUUUGAUGUUGAUGAAACUUUGCUCUCUAAUCUUCCUUAUUAUGCUGAUCAUGGCUAUGGAUUGGAGGUUUUUGAUCCAAUGAAGUUUGAUAAGUGGGUUGAGGAGGCUACGGCACCAGCUAUAGAGUCCAGUUUGAAACUCUAUAAGGAGGUUCGAGGUUUGGGCUUUAAGGUUUUCUUGCUGACAGGACGCAGUGAAUAUCAAAGGGGUGUCACUGAGGAGAACUUGAUCAAGGCUGGUUUUCAGAGUUGGGAUAAGCUAAUUUUGAGAGCCUCUGGAGACCAUGGGAAACUGGCUUCAAUAUACAAGUCAGAGAAGAGGAGUGAGAUGGUGAGCGAAGGAUAUCGGAUUCUUGGAAACUCUGGUGACCAAUGGAGCGACUUACUAGGUAUUUCAAUGUCUACUCGCUCAUUCAAGCUUCCAAAUCCUAUGUAUUACAUUCCUUGAAUAAUCCAAAACAUUUUGGAUCAUUUAAAAUAAGUGACGUGCAGUAUCCUCAAAAAUUGCCAAUUCUUGGAGGCAUCUAAAGUCUCAAAUAUUAUUCUACUCUGUAACUUAUGAUGCUUUAGUAUAAUGAACAACUAAUUGGUUUCUGGUGUUAAGAGUUGUGAUAACAAGUUAGAGACAACAUUGUGUAUGAAAGUAAAGGUGUUUUCCUGAUGA